UUUAAUAACUGUCGUUAAGAGAAUGGAUAUCCUGCGAAGUUAAGCGGAAUUUAAAAGCGCUCCCGGUAUUUCGUAUUGGAAAACUUUCAUUGGAGAGACGUUAGUGAGAGAACACGUACAGUUGCGAAAUAGUUGCCGCGGAUUUCAGUUUACCAAAAAAGUAUAAAAGUAUAUUUUAAAGUUUUGCUAUAAACAUUUAAGUACUGAUUCGUGUAGCUGAGCUAAUUUUAUUAUUGCAUCAAUUAUUUCUACCAAAAGAUGUAGUUAUGAAUGUAAAGGGAUUAUAUUUUAGGUUUUAUCUUUAAAAUUUAUUAAUAGAUGUUGACAAUACAAUAGCUUUUAUUUACACACUUUUAUUACUUGAAUGUUUGCGAGCAUGCGGUUUACAGGGCCCGACACUUGUUAUGUGUACAGAGAUAUCAUAAAAGGGGCCGCUGCAUGGAGAGAUAACAUCCUGUGUGUAAACUGAUAUGCCCUGAGGGGUUAAGGAUAUCGGCAGUUGUCUAGAGUUUAGGAUUGAUGUUUUAAACAUUACACUUUCUGAUACACGCACAAAUGUAAACAACCUGUGAGAUUUUCUAAGACAGAAGUUAAUAUUCAGUGUUGUGAGAAUCAAAUAGUUUUUUUUCUAAAAUAAAAGGAUUUUAAAUUGAACUUUUGAAGGUGAUUCAUACAAAAGAAGAGCGGGAAUUCAAAGAUGACGCGAGAACAUAUAGACGUGAAAAUGCUCGAACAGAUUGAGCCAUUAAAUAAAAGGCCAAUCAUGCAGGGGAACCACUUUGACCCGAUUGACCGCGACGGAAGCAUGAGAUCAGACCGGAAGGAGCGCCAAAGGUUGGGCAAGUCACGUGCAAGUAUCAGCAGUUACAAAGGGAAGUACAGUCUCAAUCACAGAGUUCGCAAGAAAAGUUCCACACCAGAAGAACAGUGUAUAUCAAACUUGAAGAUGAUUCUACAGUGUUAUAAUGUGUUCAUAUUGAUACUUGGUUGUGGUGUGCUUGGUGUUGGGGUGUGGCUGCUUGUAAAGGAGUUUAACACACGCGAGAUGUCGGCUAUAAUGGGAUCACGACUUGUAGAAAUGAUCACGUAUGGUCUGAUAGGGGGCGGAGGAGCGGCAACUAUACUCGCUUUCUGUGGAUGUUGUGGUACAAUGAAACAAGAAAAAUUCGUGCUAGGCUUUUAUGGAACGGUUCUUACUCUAGUUCUAAUAACAUUGUGUGCAGGAUUUGGCGUAAGCUUUAUAUUCAAAGAUGAGAUCACUGAUGGUAUAAAGAAGAAGUUUGAAACAACUAUAAUGUUUAAUUAUGGAAAUGAUAUUCAGAAAAAUUCUACAAAUAAACUUAUAACUGAUGCUUGGGACUCAAUGCAGUCGUCGCUUGAAUGUUGCGGUGCUUAUGGUGACGUCAACAGUGAUUAUUCUUGGGGCUUGUACAAAUCACAGAGUAUCUGGAAAAAGAUCUAUAAACCUGAUGGUAUAAAAUAUGUACCAGACAGUUGCUGUAAAGAAGGCGAGGACAAAAAUUUAUGUCAGGGAAACAAUGAUAAAUAUGACGGUCCACCUGUGUAUGGACCUCCUAAUUCUAAAUAUAGAACUCAUAAAGACAAUCCAGCAUUGUACACUACAGGUUGUUAUGAUAAAGCGCUUGCAUACCUGGAGCAACAUUUUCUUAUUAUAACAAUUGUAACGGGCUCUGUGCCUCUCCUUUUGCUCAUUGGCAUCGUAAUUGCCUUCUACCUGUGUGCCAACGUUCGUGAUACCGACGAUGAUGAUGAUUUUGACUAUGAAGUUGAAGUUUAACAUACAGCAGACUAUAUUCUGUCACAUUCCGUCCAGUGCCGGACAAUACGAGCCAAACAAUUCCACUGAAUGUUACUUCUUAGGAUGGAGAAUGAUAUGACAAUAUGAACUGUUUAUUCAGCAUUUUAUAAGAAACGGCUUUAACAUAGAUGAGGUAAUUGUUUGCAUUAAUCUACGGUCAGUGACGGACUCGCCUGUAAAACAGAAGGUCAUUUUGCAUUUUAUUAUGCAAGAUUAAUUAAUAUCGCUUGCCUUAAACAAUUACACUAUGCAAGCUGAUGAAAGAACAAUUUAUAGAACGAACUUUCGUGCAUACUUUGAAUAACAAUAUCACGUAUUUGCUCUAGAUUUGUGUUGCCUCAAGUCAGUUUUAUUUGUUAUUAACAAGAAAAAUGUUUGUCUUCCGCAUACAGUUAUUUAUGUUCUCCGCAUACAGUCAUGUAUGUUCUCAAAAAUUCUAUGUAAGUGAAUUACUUUCAUAUAUCAAACGUUACAUUAUUUUCAAGUUGUAUUAAAGUAUGUGCUAUUUAUAGAGAAAAGGUAAUUUUGUGCAAGUGAUAUUAUAAGUGAUCACAUCAAUCACAUGUUAUACGGUUAUAACAUACGGAAAAGUUAUAACAUACGGAAAAGUUAUAACAUACAGAAAAGUUAUAACAUACAGAAAAGUUAUAACAUACAGAAAAGGAAUAACGUAAAGAAAAUGAUACGGAUUAAUAGUGUAACAUAACACAAAAAUGUACAGAGAAUUACAAAGAGAAAAUAUUCAGAAAAGGUGUUAUAUGAUGAAAGUGUUAUAUGGAAUGUGUUGUAUAACGAGAAAAAGUGUUACGUACAGUAUGUUAUACGGAAAAUGUUAGAUAGGGGAAAUGAUACGAGGAUCCAGCAUGAAUACCCGGUAAUGGAUAUAUACGUGUACAAUAUAUAGCAAAUGUUUUACCGACUAAAUAUGUUAUAUAUGGAGCAUAUUUUACAAUGUGCCGAAUGUUACAUGUUUAGUUUGUAACAUAAUACUUGUGUUACAUAUUAUAUUAUGUUACAUAGAGAAAUAUGUUAUACGGAACAAGCUUAUCUUAGAGCAAAUGUGUUCAUGUGAUAUAAAUUGUUACUGGAACUAUGUGUGCAGUUAUAAUGUAAUGAAAAAAAAAAGAAUAAAAGAAUUUAUUUUGAAAGUUUUACAACAAAUGAAAAUAAGGAAAUUUUGGAUACCAUAUUCUAGUCGGAUAUAAGUUGUGUUCAUUUUCAUUUUGUUCAAAGUAAACUGCCUCUUGUCUGUUUAUAAUGAUAGAUACAUGUGUUCAAUAUAUAUGAUCUGAAUGGAUAUAUGUGUUCGGUAUAUGUGUGUUCGGUACGUAUGACCUGAUUGGAUAUAUCAGUUAAGUAUGUAUGAUUCUAUUGGAUACAUGUGUUCGGAAUGUGUAAUUUGAUUGGAUAUAUAUGUUUACUUUGCAUGAUUUGAUUGGAUAUAUGUGAUGUGUAUGUCAGACGUGAUUGGAUAUAUGUUAGGAGGUAUGAUCUAAUUACAUACAUGUGUUUACUAUGUAUAAUCUGAUUGGAUAAAUGUGUUCAUUAUGUUUGUUUGUUUUAAUAUAUCUGGUGUGAUUUGAUUUAUAUGUUUACUUUGUAAGAUAUGAUUUGACAUAUAUUAAUUUAGCUUGCGAAUCUCAAAUUAAUUAUUUAUAUAUAAACCUUGGAGUUCAUAAUAAUACUAUUUUAGCGAUAUUUUCAUUUCUUAGUAACUAUGUUCAUUAACAGGAAUGCCAAUAAAUUACGUAACUUAUGUUUCUAAGGGUUUAAAAUGGUUAUAGUGUAAGAGCACUGUAGGUAAAUUUGAUACCAAAAUCCUCGUAAACGUUUUCAUGUCCUGGUUAUCAAGAACUCGGGGGGGGGGGGGGGGGCAAUAUGUAGAAUGAUUUUAUAUCAAUUUUCCUUUGGAUGCAUUUCAAAAGAUAUGACUAUAUUGUGUUGGAACAAAUUUUCCCUCUUAUGAUAUCUUUGGACUGCAAAAUUAUUAUUUAUAUCAUGGUUGAUAUAGCUACAGAAAACGUAAAAUAACAGAAAUUUGUCGGUAUUUUUUGUUACAAAUGAGUGGAACAUGCGUCAAAUAAUCACUAAACCAUCUAGAAAUAGAAGUGUAAUAUUUUUUGUUCGGGAAUGUUUUAUUCUUAGUUUCGUACAACAUCCAUGUUCGUUAAAUAACAGAGACAUUUUCUGUUACAACUCUUUCUAGAAGUUACUAUAAGGAAAUUACUAUAAGGUUAUGAAAACAAAGUUAAUUUGCUGUUUUUAAAUUUUAAUAAUUUUUUUCAUUAGAUAUAAACCCUUUAAAGUUUCUGAAUUCGGGAAAUUUUAAGUUUAAUAACUAUGUUUUUGUGUAUACAAAAUACUGUUUGACUGUUUGUUUAACAUGAUUUUUUUCAUAUGUGUGCGCAUAUUAAUUUUGAUUACAUGUUGUUUUGUUAAGAAAGUAUACUUUUUUGAUUUGCUAAAGUAUAUAUUCUGUUAUGUUUUGAGAACGUUGCUAAUAAUUGUAAAUAUUAUCUGAUAUAAAUAUAGACUGUAAACCCAUGCACAGAAACGCUUUUAAAUUGCAGCAUGGGCGAAUUGAAAAAUACGUGUAUAACGCUAUAAUCAAGUUUACAAAAUGUCGUUUACUUUAGAUAGCAUCACCUGAUAUAAGUAUGAGGAAGGGAUUCUGAAGGUCAAAAAUUUGGGCGAUGUAUUACUUGUUUUACAGACCGUUCUUAUUAAAUAAUCAUAGUUUUACCAGUUAGAAUUGAGCGCAUAGUUUAUAUUUGCACUUUUUAUUCUGGGACCAAUCUUAGAUAUUUAAAUAAUGUCUGUUUUUUAUUAAAGUUCGUUUGGUGGUCCAAUCUACAUGUAUAUAAUGUAUUGUUAUUGAAAACUACUCUGUUUUUACCAUGUUUAAUCAUGUAUCCAUAUUUUUUAUGAAAUAUACAAAUAUAAGGGAA